AUGCUAGGCAGGGCCGUUGGGCGAGGUGGAAAGGUUGCAGCAUUGAGGUGGAGCAGCAAGAUGACAUCACAGGAUAGUAGUCGGAAGAAAGAGCUAUGUGCAGCGUACAGCGUAGUGGAUGAGCGGGUUUCGCGCAGCAUGGAAGAAUGCGGACGUAGAAGGUCGGAGGUUCUAUUGCUUGCCGUUUCUAAACUGAAACCUGCGUCGGAUGUGGCGAUACUGUACGAGGAAAUGGGGCUGCGGCACUUUGGAGAGAACUACGUGCAGGAGCUGGUGGGGAAGGCAGCAGAGCUGCCGGGCGAUAUCCAGUGGCACUUUAUCGGGGCGCUGCAGAGUAACAAGUGCAAGGACCUGGCGAAGGUAGUGAACCUGCAUGCGGUGGAGACCAUCGACUCGCUAAAGAAGGCGCGGAAGCUGGAGGAGGCGCGUGCGAAGUUCCAGCCGGACGCGCCUGCGAUCCUGUGUAGCAUUGAGGUGAACACAUCUGGCGAAGCGCAGAAGGCGGGUGUCUCGGAUGAGGCAGAGCUGUGCGAGCUGGUGGAGUUCUUUCUGUCCGAAGAUGCAAAGCACGUGCGCUUGCGCGGACUGAUGACAAUUGGGUCAUGGGACGCCUCUCACGCGGCGGACGGGGAAAACCCGGAGUUCGCUGCGCUGGCCAAGUGGAAGCGAGUACUGGACGGCAAGUAUGGGCUCAAUCUGGAGCUUUCUAUGGGUAUGAGUGCCGACUUUGCUGCGGCAAUGCGGCAGGGCUCCUCUGAGGUGCGCAUCGGGACGGACAUAUUUGGCGCCCGCCCAGCACGCAAAUAG